UCGAGAACCGCUGAAAGCUUUUCAAAGUGCAGACGCCAUUUGAACGUAACGCAAGUUUAACUCAAACUCAAAUCUCUCAGGCCCAGGCCAGUGUUGUGUUCAGACUUUUGACUGAUCAUCGGUUUUUAGUGAAUUUGCUCGGGGAUUGUACUGUCAUUUGUCGUCACCCAGGGUUGUUUUAACAUUUUUCAAUCAUGACGGCUGCUAAACUCGAAGAGAUGCGUCUUGAUGCAGAGGAGCUGAAAGCUUUUUUGUCAACUGCAACCCGACAGAAAGUUAAAGAUUUGCUUUCUCUGGAUAUCCGGAAAGUAGAAACCGACAUCAUUCGUCUUCAAGAACAGCUCUCGAAAGAAUCUGAUCAAAGCAAGCCUAGCAGUUCGUCAUCAGCUCCUGUGGCCUCAGCAUCCGGAAGAUGUUAUGAUGUUAAAAUUACCAACUAUGCAUGGGAUCAAUCUGACAAGUUUGUCAAAAUUUUUGUCACCUUGAAGAAUGUGCAUACUCUUCCAGCAGAUAAUAUCUCUUGUGAUUUUAAGGACAGGUCUAUGGAGCUCCAUGUGAAUGCACUGGAGAGCCGAAACCACCAUCUCCCCAUCCUCAAUCUGUUAGAAGAUAUUGAUGCUGAGAAAAGCUACUGGAAAGUUAAAAAUGACAAUGUAAUCAUAUAUCUGGUAAAGUCUAAAUAUGCUCAAAAGUGGUCUCAUUUAACUGGUGUUGAAAAGAAAGUAACUGAAAAGAAAGCACCAAAAUAUGAACCAUCUCCUGAUGGCGAUCCCUCAUCCAGCAUUAUGGGACUUCUCAAGCAAAUGUAUGAAGAUGGAGAUGAUGAAAUGAAGAGAACCAUUGCCAAGGCAUGGUCAUCGAAUCAGGACAAGAAAACCACUAUUGAUGAUAUGCCAAUGCCGAGCAUGCCCAGUUUCUAAACAUUCCACCCAUGCUGAAAGCAUUCUGCCAACUGAAAAUAUACCCUUGAAAUUUCUGUUUGUACUGUAUCUUCUGUAAUUCUACUAUUCUCUGCUGACUAAAUUACCAGACUUUGUAAAAUUAAGCUACGUAUGUCAUUUCAUCUGUGGUAUGGUGGCUUGUUGCAGCAUCAGUAUCCCUUCACAAUUAGGGACCGGUGUUUGCUUUGAAUUUAAUGAUGACACCCUCAUGUAGAUUUUUUGUAUCAGUGUUUGUGUCUCUGUGGGUUAAUUAAAAUGCACAGACUACUAA